CACUCACUUGGCCGUCGGUGUCGGUCGGCAGCGCGCAUGCGCAGUGGGGCUCGUCGCUCUGUCAAUAAUGAAGUUGGGCUCUAAUGGCUCUCCUGCAGCCCGGCCGCUUCUCUCGCCUCGUCCAACUUGGACUUGGACACUCGUAGCAAAGUUGCGCCGCGCUCCCGCCGCUGUCUGCUGGCUUCUUUCUGAAAGUUCCAUUUUGGGAGCUUGCAGUUGUUCAGAGUUUGUUCGGGGACUCCGCUCGGAGUGGCGAUGUUGUAAACAGGUCAGUGACAGCCUGCGGGGAGAGCAAGCGGAUCAGGAUGAUGACACGCGCCAGCAAGUAAACCGGACCUGGGACCCGACUACUUGCUGGCACAACACAGUUGACGCGUGUGAGGUUUGAAGGCCACGAGCCAUGGAGGCCUCGCAGGACCUCAGCGAGCAAAUGGUGAAGAAUACAAACAGUGACUCUCAUGUUCCAGACCCUUCCGACAGCAGGCCUAUGGAAAUGCAGGACCUAGCCAGUCCUCAUAAUCGCGUGGGUGGCGCAGAUUCGAGCGGCUCCAAGCUAGACAAGAGCAACCUCGGCAGCCCCUCCGCAAUCAGCGCCAAUGGAACGGGAGGUGAAAACAUGACUGUUCUAAACACGGCCGAUUGGCUGCUGGGCUGCAGCAGCCCGCCCCCGGCGCCAACCUCCAAGGACUAUGUGAAAACGGAGCCCAUGAACAACAGCGAUGCAGUGACCACGACAGGCGACGCAGUAUUGGACUCGUACGCCGGCUCAGUAAUUACCAGCAGCGGCUACAGUCCCCGCUCAGCGCACCAGUACUCUCCUCCCUUGUACCCUUCAAAGCCGUACCCACACAUCCUGUCCACGCCGCCCGCCCCGUCCAUGCCAGCGUACGCGGGCCAGCCGCAGUUCGGCGGCAUGCAGCAGCCCGCCGUCUACACGUACUCGCAAACGGGCCAAGCCUACGGACUGUCCGGCUACGACCUGGGCGUGAUGCUGCCGGGCAUCAAGACGGAGAGCGGCCUGGCCCAGAGUCAGUCGCCUCUCCAGACGGGCCUGAGCUACAGCCCGGGCUUUACCACGCCCCAACCCGGACAGACGCCCUACUCGCCCUACCAGAUGCCAGGUUCAAGUUUCACGCCGUCGUCGGGCCUCUACGCCAGCAACAAUUCGGUGUCCAGCCCCGCCAACUACACUGCAACUCAGCAGGAAUAUCCCUCCUACACCAGCUUUGGCCAAAACCAGUACGCCCAGUAUUAUUCCGCCUCCACGUACGGGACGUAUAUGACCGCCAGCGGCGUGGAUGGCGGCGCCGGCGCCACCGUGGCCGCCUACCAACUGCAGGACCCCACGCCGGCCAUGACGGGCCAGGCGGCAGAACUUCACCCAGGAGACUUUGAGACGGUGCAGAGGCCCUCCACACCCAUCAAGGACCUGGACGAGCGAGCGUGCCGCAGCGGCACGUCCAAGUCGCGGGGCAGGAGCCGCAAGAACAACCCCUCGCCUCCGCCCGACAGCGACCUGGAGAGGGUUUUCGUGUGGGAUCUGGACGAGACCAUCAUCGUUUUCCAUUCUCUGCUCACCGGCUCCUACGCGCAGAAAUACGGCAAGGACCCGCCCAUGGCAGUCACGCUGGGUCUGAGGAUGGAGGAGAUGAUCUUCAACUUGGCCGACUCGCACUUAUUCUUUAACGACUUGGAGGAAUGUGAUCAGGUACAUAUUGAUGAUGUAUCAUCCGAUGACAACGGGCAGGACUUAAGUACUUACAGUUUUGCAACCGAUGGGUUCCACGCAGCGGCGACCAGCGCCAACCUGUGCCUGGCUACGGGCGUCCGCGGCGGCGUCGACUGGAUGAGGAAGCUGGCCUUCCGCUAUCGACGCGUCAAAGAGUUGUAUAGCGCCUACAAAAACAAUGUGGGGGGUCUGCUGGGUCCCGCCAAGAGAGACGCUUGGCUGCAGCUGCGUGCCGAGGUGGAGGCGCUGACCGACUCGUGGCUCACGCACGCCCUCAAGUCGCUUUCCAUCAUCAGCUCCAGGAGUAACUGCGUCAACGUGCUGGUGACCACCACGCAGCUCAUCCCGGCGCUGGCCAAGAUUCUCCUGUACAGUCUGGGCUCCGUGUUCCCCAUCGAGAACAUCUACAGCGCGACAAAAAUAGGAAAAGAGAGUUGCUUUGAGCGCAUAAUGCAAAGGUUUGGCAGGAAAGUAGUGUAUGUUGUAGUGGGGGACGGUGCGGAAGAGGAGCAGGCGGCCAAAAAGCACAACAUGCCCUUCUGGAGGAUAUCCAGCCACUCCGACCUGCUGGCGUUACAUCAAGCACUGGAGUUCGAGUACCUGUAACGCUUCAGCACAAUGGACAUGCUCAUACCUUUUUUGUAAACCUAUUUAAGAAAAAAAAAAAGUAUAUAUACACUGCAUUUUUUGUUGUUUCCAAACACUUGGAUUUACAAACUGAAUGGUCUUAAAAGCAAAAACGGAGGACUGAGCCACAGAAAACAAAAAUGGACUGAACAGGCAGCACGAACCCAUGCCGGCUCAUUUUUAUCAUUUUUCCUUUCUGGUCUGUCCGAUGCAGUCGCCGGUCGGUGUAAAUUAUUUGCAAUAAAAGUGAAGGGGCGAGGUGUGCGUGGUGUUUAGAAAACAAAAAAUUCUGGGGGGGGGGGGGGUUGUUUUAGUGUGGUGAAUGGGGGUGUUGAGUAUGUGCAUCAUGUGUUGUGCCUUAUUGUGUUUCCAUGUCUGUUCUUUUCAAAAAUGUAAAUAUUAAACCAGGACAAAACAUAAGCGGGGUAUUUUUGGUUUUGUUGCUAUGCAAAAUUUUCAUGUUUGAGUUAUUUGGUAAAGAUUUUUGUGACAAAUUUGCUUAAGAUUGAGACACAUUGAGAACCGCAAUGACAUUUGCACCAUUUUAAAAGCAGUUUCAAGGUAUUAAAGGUCACAUUCCCAAACCAAAUCUUAAAAAGCAAUAGGUGGUGGCACUGUUGUAGCUUUUUUGUAUACUUGCUAACGCAGUAGCUGUGCUAAAUGUUGUAACGGAGCAGUCUGAAACAAUACACGAGACAAGCGUCAACAGUUCCAACAUUUUAUUGUCUCUCAUUUCUUGGCAUUGAAGUAUUCCUCAAUGACAUCCUUGGCUUGUGACUCCUUGCCAUAGUCCUGUUGCAGGAAAGUAACACCAAAAUAAAAAUAUUUAAAAAUAAAUAAAAUAAAAUAUGAACACAGGAAUU